AUGGUAGAAGAUGAAGCCAGGGGAGUGCUAUUUAUUCUUAACGAAUCUCUGGUGACUGGAGGAUGUCUGUCUCCUGAGUAUAAGGAAUCUCUGCAAAAGAUGAUCUCGCUUACCUUCGAAGACCCAUUUCUCUUGAGAUUUCUUGACAAUUGGAAAUUUAUCGAAAAACAGUUUCCUUAUCUUAUGAGAGACUCAGAAGUUAGGCAUGAGGCAUUUGGGUUGGCAAUAAGAAUCCUACAAGAUCCAACUUCGAGCCUUCCAGUGUUGUUCACGACAAGAAAGGGUGGAUUCUUGCUUUCGGAAGCAUUAUAUGAUUCUAUGGACGAUCCUCAGGACGUCAUCAGUUUUUGUGAGGAGGCAGCGAAGAAGAGCUCUUUGCUUCCGGGAGUAUUACAUGAUUGUGGAUUUUUUAUUCUCCUAAACUCCCUUGUUUGUGAAGAGACUGUAAGAUUCUAUUCUUCAAUAUUUGCAUGUAAAAUAUAUGAGGCAAAAGGGAGCUACAGGCAAGUUAGAAGUGAAGGCAUAAUGCAUGAGAUAAAGAGAAAAUACUUUGAUCCUGAAAUAGCUUUCAAGGAUGGGGCAUACAUCUCUUUCAAGGAGCCACCUUCUUUUCACAAGGUGGGGCAUCGGGUUCUUAAGAGCAUAUUCGAUGAUGUCUACAACACCACAUUUUUCAAUCUAUUAGACUUGGGACUAGACAAAAGCCUGAACCUUAUGAAUUACUGUGAAUGGGAUUAUUCUUUCUUGUAUGGAUCAAGCGAGCUCAGGGAUCUAGUAUCUAGUGGUAACUACCUGGCGAUCAGGGUAUAUAGAAAAAUGCUCGAGAGUCUUCACGGGUGUGCAAGAGCUAUAUUUUACUUGCAAAAAGUUGAGGACGAGGACUUGAUGAUACAUAUAGCAAGACUUCUGGAGUGUAAAGAUGCUCAUGUGGUUAUGGAGUGUGUGCUAGUGCUUUAUAAUUACUAUCACCUCUUCGAGUGGAACCUAGAUAAGAAGCAGUUCAAUGAAAAUAGGAUAAGAAAAAUAUUUGGCUUACUUGAAUAUAGCUAUAGCGAUUGCCCAUGCCUUCAAGAAUGCAUCUGUAGCCAGUCUGACUCCUCUGCCGGAAUACCAGAAGAAGAGAGAGCAACAGACUGUCUUAAAGGCUGCAACACCGUAAAGAUAUUGUGUCUCCUCUCACAUAUAUAUGCGAUUGUUGAUAAGCGGUAUUUCUAUAAGCCUUCAUUCUUAGUUUUAGUAAAAGCAUGGGACGAUAUACUUGGAAGGCAUAGAUGCUGGAAUAGGGCCUUUACCUCAAUCUUCUUCACAGACAUAAUUUCGUUUUUAAGAACAAAUCCAUAUAACGUUGCAAGAAUUAUAUUUCCAUUUAAGAAGCCAAGAAAAAAAGCCAGAAAUGCCUUUAGUGAUAAAAAGGAUGAUAAGGAGAAUAGCAAUUGUUUUUCUAUGCUGGCAAGCGAGAUAGAUUUGUCAGAAAUCGAAGGCCUAGAUGAAUUAAAUAAUGUUUAA